AUGUCGAGCCCUCCAUCUCGUCUCAAGAACAUCCUCGGACACCUCCUCUCGUCCUCCACGGCCCAAAAAGAUGAGCCUCGUCCGAAGCACCACAUACAUCAGCUUUCCCCAACCUUCUUUCUCGAGCGUGCCGCCGCGAUAGAGCCCGAUGCUGAAGCCAUCUUCCACGUCACAGCCAACGGCCGAACACUGCGACGGUCUUACAUAGAGUUUGCAGACAGAGCGCGCGGCCUUGCUUAUUACCUCAAGAAACAUGGCUUCAAGAGGGUUGGAAUCCUCGCGCCCAAUACUCCCGCCUUUCUCGAGUCCAUCUUUGGCAUUGCAGCCGCCGGUGGGGUUAAUGUGGGUGUCAAUUACAGAUUGAAGCCGGAUGACAUCACCUACAUAUUCGACUUUGCCGAGGUCGACUCCAUCAUCGUGGACCAGGAGUUUGUCCACCUCCUUGAUGAAUUCAAGGCAAAGCACCCCAAAGUUCCCCUGAUUAUUGACACCGAUACCGACUUCACGGAGGGCGCUUUAAGUGGCCCCUUUGAUGAUGCUGUCUUGGAGGGCCUGCAGUAUGACCAGCAACACGGUGAGGGUUGGGCUGGCCUUCACUCACAGUGCGGUAAUGAAGAUGACGUUCUUGCGAUCCCGUUCACCUCAGGAACUACGAGUCGGCCCAAGGGCGUGAUCUACACACACCGGGGAGCCUAUCUAGCCGCUGUCGGAAACGUCAUCGAAUCAGGACUGAACUAUCACAGCGGCCGUUGUAAAUAUUUGUGGACCUUACCAAUGUUCCACGCCGUUGGUUGGACGUUCCCCUGGGCAGUGACGGCCGUUCGUGGCACGCAUGUGUGUUUGAGAAAGAUCGACUAUCCUCUCAUCUGGAAACUUCUCAAGGAAGAAGGCAUCACACACUUCAACGCAGCUCCGACAGUCAACACCAUGUUGUGCUCAGCGAAAGAGGCCGAGAAAUUGCCUCAGGAAGUACGGGUGACUGUGGCUGCUAGUCCACCAAGUGCACACUUAUUUGAGCAGAUGACAAACCUCAACCUCUUUCCCGUCCACGUAUAUGGCAUGACGGAGACCUAUGGUCCCAUCACCAAAGGCUAUCAUAUGCCAUCAUGGGAGACCCUCCCAACGAAUGAAAAAUACGCCAGAAUGGCUCGACAAGGUCAUGGCUUCGUGACGAGCCUUCUCAUUCGCAUCAUCAAGAUAGACCAACCGGAAGGGGUUCUCAUUGAUGUCGCAAAGGACGGCAAAGAAAUCGGCGAGAUUGUGUUCUUCGGAAACAUCUGUGCUAAGGAGUAUUUGAAGGAUGCCGAAGCUACCAAGAAAUUGUUUGAUGGCGGUGCGCUGCAUUCUGGGGAUCUGGCAGUCUGGCAUCCCGACGGAUCGGCUCAAAUUCUCGACAGAGCAAAGGAUAUUAUCAUUUCAGGCGGCGAGAAUAUCUCUUCGGUGGCUCUCGAGGGCAUGCUCGUGCAACACCCCAAUCUCUUGGAAGCGGCCGUAGUGGCGGUGCCUGAUUCUCACUGGGGUGAGCGUCCGAAAGCCUACGUGACUGUCAAAGAAGGCAAGAGCUUGAAGGGGGAGGACCUGAUUUCGUGGGCGAAGCACCAGAGUAACAUAUCCAAGUUCAUGGUGCCUCGGGAGGUUGAAGUAGUUGAUGAGCUUCCCAAGACUAGCACGGGCAAGCUGAAGAAGAACGUACUUAGAGAAUGGGCCAAGGGACACAGGGAGUAG